GCAUAUAUUCCGUCAAACCUACAGCCACUUGUUCGAGUCGCAUUCUCCAAUGCGCUUUAGACUCAUCUAGCUACGACAAACAACUGCGGUUCUCAAUGCGAAAGUAAGUUCUCGUGAAAGAUUCAGGAAUCUUGCAAGUGUGGUCGUGGCGCGCAGUUACAGGGAUCAUUCAUACGAGGAUUUCAAAGCCGUCUGCCUCAGGUAUAGACUCGUUGCUAAGAAAGGCGAAGGUACCUUUAGUGAGGUCCUAAAAGCUCAAAACGUAAAGGACGGGAAGUAUCAUGCCAUCAAAUGUAUGAAAAAUCAUUUUGACUCAAUUGAUCAGGUGAACAAUUUGCGAGAAAUUCAAGCGCUGCGAAGAUUGUCGCCGCAUGCCCACAUCAUAACACUUGAAGAAGUUCUCUAUGACCAGCCAACUGGGCGUUUGGCACUUGUAUUUGAACUUAUGGACGCGAACUUGUAUGAACUUAUUAGGGGGCGGAGACAUUACUUGAAUGCACAGUUGAUCCAAUCGUAUAUGCACCAACUUCUGUUGGCAUUGGACCACAUGCACCGAAAAGGAAUUUUUCACCGGGAUAUCAAGCCCGAGAAUAUCUUAAUUGAGAACAAGAGCGAUAUGAACAAAGGUCUGAAGUUGGCCGAUUUCGGUUCGUGUCGUGGCAUAUAUUCAAAGCAGCCUUACACUGAAUAUAUUUCCACGCGAUGGUACCGUGCCCCUGAAUGUUUACUCACUGACGGUUACUAUGGUCCUGAAAUGGACCUCUGGGGUGCCGGCUGCGUAUUUUUUGAAAUCACAUCAUUAUAUCCGCUUUUCCCUGGUACAAAUGAGUUAGAUCAGAUAAAUCGCAUUCACAAAGUCCUUGGCACUCCGGACGUUCAUUUGUUGAACAAAUUCAAACAAAACGGUGCCGCCCAUGUGAAUUUCGACUUCCCUCCCCAGGCGGGAAUCGGCAUCGCGCAGCUAAUCAAGCACGCCGCUAUCGACUGCGUGGAGUUGAUGAUAAAAAUGCUCGUGCAUGAUGCCUCGGAACGAAUUUCGGCUCGUGAGGCCUUGCGGCACACUUACUUCAAUGCGGCACGAGACUACGAUGCUCGUCGACAACAUGCCCUUCAACCCUCGACGGACCUUACCCACCAUAGUACCGCGAAUGCAACCCCAGAAAAAGAGAGCAUGCCACUGCCUACCAAAGGGUUACCUACCAUUGGUGGCAAUGCAGCGUAUCCAUCGGUGAAUUCAGCGGUGAAUCCCAAAAAGGGAGCAAAGAUCAUGCCCCAAGGAUCCCUAACUAGGGCCAUGGGCCAAACAAAAUACUCGACCAAGGACGCACACGUGGAUGAUAUUGAGGCAAGUCCAAGUAGCUUGCCGCCCAUC